AUGCAAGCCAUUCGCGUCCACCCAUCACCAUCAACCCCAUAUUCACCGAAAAACCCAGCGCCCACAACAUCGCUGCACAUAGACACAAUUCCCAUCCCAACACCAUGCGCAGGCGAAAUCCUCAUCCAAAUCAAAGCAACAACCAUAAUCCGCGACAUGCUCACAUGGCCCGAAACCUAUAUCAGACCCUACACAGUCCCAGGCCACGACUUCUCCGGCCUCGUCGCAGCAACAGCCCCACAAUCAAAGUUCCAAAUCGGCGACGAAGUCUUCGGCAUGGCUCACGCAGACCGAGCCUCGACAUGGGCGCAGUAUGCCAUCGUCAAGGAAGAUGAAGUCGCACGCAAGCCGGAUGUCUCAUGGGAAGAGGCCGCUGCUUUACCGUUGAGUGCGCAGACGGCGUACGAGGCGCUUUUUGUUCAUGGGUCGCUUGCGUCGCCGGUAGUGCACGGUGUAGAAGAUCAGGGCCAGGAAGAAGGUGAGUGCCAGCAGGUCGAUAAGCGUGUUCUUGUUACUGGGGCCGCUGGUGGAGUUGGGGUUUAUUUGGUGCAGCUUGGUGCGUUGGUUGGAGCGCAUGUUGUUGCGGCUAGUGGUUCGAAUGGGAGGAAUGGGGAGUUUUUGAAGGGUCUUGGUGCUGAUGAGGUUGUUGAGUAUGGUGCCCUGGAAGGGGAGUUUGAUAUUGUGGUUGAUUGUGUUGGUGGGGAGGUAUUGGAGAGUUGUUGGGGAGUUGUGAAAGAUGGAGGUGCCUUGAUUUCAGUUGACUCUGGGAGCUUCGGCUUUGUCAAUGAGCAUUUGAAGAGUGGUAUUGGCAGGGAGAACGUGAAAGCACUGUUUUUUGUCGUUGAGGGUGGGAAGGCUCUCGGUGACUUGAGAAAGUUGGUGGAUCGCGGGCUUCUGAAGUCUUUUGUUGCUGCUUCGUUCGAGUUUGAAAGAAUCAGGGCGGCUUAUGAUUUUGCAAAUGGGCGAUUCGAGGGGAGAGGCAAGGUUGUUGUAACGAUCUGA